AUGGCUAUUACUACUCUACCAGUAGUUGCUGUUUCUGUGAUAUUGCAUUUAUCUAUAUUAGGAAUUUCACCUCUCGAAGCCAAAAAUGCCCAAGUUAGCUUUGAAUGGAAUUCUUCUGCUGCAGAUCAUUCCCCUGCAAAUCGUAUUGCACUUGGUGCAGAUGCAAUAUUUGUUAAUACUGGUGUAUUACAACUUACAGAUAGCAUGAAGGGUUUACGAGGCAAUGGAUCUGUAGGGAGAGCGGCAUACAAUGAAACGAUUUCUCUAUGGGACGCUUCUACUAAAGCUGUUGCCAACUUUACCACACAUUUUCAGUUUCAAAUGGACUGGACUAACCAAAGCACUGCUGAUGUUCCAGAUUAUGGAGGGGAUGGGCUUUCUUUUUUCAUGGGGCGUAGAGAAUCGGAUUACAAUCUGUCUUUCACAGGAAAGAACGGAUAUCUUGGCCUUUUCAGCCCUGACAAUGACGGGAAAUCAUCCACUAAACUUCUAGUUGUUGAGUUCGACACAUAUAGUAAUUCACCGUGGGAUAAAGACAGUAACCACAUUGGAAUUGAUGUCAACACAAUCAACUCUGCAGCCACUCGCCCUCUCCAUCAAAGAUUGAAUGGCGGUGAAACAUGGGACGUUCGGGUAGAUUACCGCGGCCAAGAAAAUGUGUUGGAAGUUUUUGCUUCGUGUAGAUGCAACGGCAAAGGACCAUGGAAACUGGCACAUAAAAUAGAUUUGACACACUAUCUUCCCGAAGAGAUUGUGGUGGGAUUUUCUGCCACUGCAUUCAAGUGA